UCAAUUUCCCUUUUACUGAGUUAUGUUCUUUUUUUUUGCUAGUGACAUCUGGGGAAAUGUCCUUUCAUCGUUAAUCUUUCAUUAUGUUUAGCUCUACCUUUUUUUUCAGGCAUAACAUAAAGUCACUCAGCAAUGCACUCAUAUAAAGAAUAAGGAAAGAGUACAAUUUUGGCACAGAGUUUUUAGAACACAUCUCCCGUUUCAAUAACAGUUACGUAGAAAAGAGUGGACAUGGCAUAUGAAGAGCUUCAUCGUCCAACUCAGGACGUUUACAGUAUAAUUGGGCAGCUUCAGGCAGAGAAAGAAAGGAAACAAGUGGCCACAGGACUGGACAUUGUACAAGGCAAUAAAAAGAAGAUCAGCAAAGGAUGCACAAAGCCGGUAAUUAUCUUGAGUGUGACGGUCAUCACUCUGCUGGCAGUAAUUAUAAUCCUAAUUAUUUCGAAUGUACGGCUGUCGAAACCAUGCAAGUUAUUAAAUGCGUACCCAGACAUUACAAUUUCGUUCAAUGGAGGAAGUUGUUUCUUAUCAUGCCCAGAUAAAUGGAUACAUUUCCAACAGUCAUGUUACUUCUUUUCAAAUGACCGCCUCAACUGGAGUAUGAGCAGAGAGUCCUGCAAGUCUAGCAAUGCUGAUCUGGUGGUGAUUAACAGUAAAGAAGAGCAGGACUUCUUAAGUAAACAUUAUAAUGAGACUUCCUGGAUUGGUCUAACAGAUCAGAAAAAGGAAAAUAAUUGGAAGUGGGUUGAUGGCACAGAGUACAAAAACAAAACCAGCUUUUGGUGCACUGGAGAGCCUGAUAAUUUGCGAGCAUUCAAUAUUAGGGGUGAGAACUGUGUUUCUCUGACGACAGGAAUUUUAUGUCCGGUCGGCUGGAAUGACGAAAACUGCCAAACUCAUUUCAGGAGAAUUUGUGAGAAACAACUCUGUUUGGUGCUUACAUAAACAGGGGCCUAUGCAAUUACUUUGAUCAGCAGGAAAUGGGUACACUAAUAACAAUUUUUGGUAGUAGUCUGACAUUUUAUUUAUUUUACAGCCUCAUUAACAACUUUAAUGCCAAUAAAAUGUGUUGCCGCAAGUAGCUAGUGUCUGGCAUGUGAUAUUAAUUUUUUUUAGUCCUGGUUGUAAUCAGUGCCAUGCUUUUUUACAUAGUAUGCUGUUAAUUUUCCAGCAUAUAUCUUGCAUCUUUUUCUUUCAUGUUUUCUCAGACUUUUAUUGCACUUAUAGUAUAUGGUACGUUUGGCUUAAUUCUUUUGUUUUUCUCUGAUUUCUGAAACAAGAAAAGUAUUUGCAAAGGAAUCCCUUUAGCAAAAUGUUGUCAUGGAAGGAACUGUAUUGCUGUCCACAAAAUAAUUUUUGUAUUUUGGUCUAUGACUUUAUAGAUUAACUCAUUCACAGCACAAAUUAUGCAAAGAGUAUCCAUUAGUCUUGCGAAUAUUCAUGUUUCUACACAGAAACCUACAAAAUUACGUAAGCAAACAGUUCACAUCAAAAAGGGAAAGUGUCCAAAUGUGAUCUGUCAGCUCGCAGCUCUUUCAGUUUAUGCAACAUUCAAUGUUAAUAAUACAUAGUAAAGGUGAAAUGGUCAUUUCCCCAGUAUGACCGUGAUUGUAUUAUAUCUAUGGGUUCUACAGCAGUUAAAGUGCAAUCAGGAUAUGAUUAUGGAAUUCAUCAUAUUUGUUAACCAGAACACAUCCCUUGAAUAUGUGUAUAAGAAAUAGCCAGACAUAACUGAAAUGCUUGAUGUUUUUAUUCAGUUUUAUUUAUGCACAUCGCUGGAGGUUUUAUUCUUCUUUUCAGUUUAUUUAUUUAUUUUUUUUCCUACAGUGGAACUGCUAUUGUCAGGAUGGAUUUUUUUCUGUUAUUCUGUGUAUAAAGUGUGUUGUGAAAUUAAGUACUUGUAAUUACCUCUGAAAACUGAAAGAGAAAAUAAAAAAUGUGACAUUUUGCCAAUAAACAAUCAAUUGAUUACCCAA